AACGYAACGCUUUGGACCAUCCUUCAAUUCCUUUGCGAAACCAACAGAUAUCAUUAAAAUACACACGAUCGRUUUCACUCUUGCAACAAGAUAGUUUGAUCAAKCGAGAAUAUUUGUCUGGAUUGCAUUGAAUCGAUCAAGGAAACGAUUGAAGGUACAGGGGCAACGAGAAGAUACACUUAAYUCAACAAACAACAAACAACGGAGCCGUUCGUUUCACCGAGUGCAGUCGACUCGAAACAUCCMACAAGGAGCCCUUUCACUUGCCGUUGUAGUUGUUGUAACUCUUACUUCCACCGUUCGAAGGAACCCGGUGAUCGAGCUAAUCGACACCGAAUUCACACAGCACACCCCAGACAACCUGAUUGGUUGGUAGACAAACAACGAACCAAUAGCUAUUGCAUUUCCGAAUCACAACWACUGCCCUGAACGCUUAUUUCUGACCGGAACACAGCAGCAUGGAAGAAUACGCAUCGCGAUACCUUCAGGCAGCCUCCCUGCCGUACGAGACCGAGUAUCUCGAUGGCGCCGCUCAGGCUUCUGCCGAGUUUGAUGCCUCUACGUCUCCCCCCACGGAUUGGAAUGAUGAUUGGUACCAUUUUUAUGAYGGCUACGUGCCCACAACGGUCGAUCCCGACUGGUGGUUUACGAUAUACAUCAUCCUCGGUUGCUUCUUUCUCAAUCUGACCCUGCCGCUCUGGAUCUAUUUGGGCAACAGGUUUGGUUUUCACGAGAAGUCCGUUCGCAAGGCCAACAAGCAAAUGUUCAUGGAGAGCCCCCGAACGGAGAGCCCCAAAACUGGGGAGGACGUCUUGCGGAAACAACUCGACGAGGCUCGAUCGAUGAUCAGCGGGUACUCCUUUGCCCCCGAGGAAGACGGGGGCGGACAGGCUCCCCCCGGUUCGGYGGUAAGUGGUUCCAUCGCCCUGUCCAGGGCUGGGACACACCUGGGCUUCCACCACAGACCCAACAACCUGAUGAACGAAGAUACGGCCUCGAUCUUUUCCGGGACUUCGGGUUUCACCGACGCGAUCCUGGGAGCCCGGCCGAAACGCGCCCCCCACGCUCGGCGACGCGCUGCCAAGACGAAGAAGAUCGUGGGCAGCAAGUCCUGCGUCAUGGGGGAAGAAUCGGACCACACACGCGGCGGGACCAAGAAGAGGCUAGAYGUUCGAAUGGCAGCCGAGUUUACGAAGGCCGAAAUGGACCUUCUCAAGGAACGCAACGGACAACAACCGGAAAAGGAUACCUACGAAGACAUUACCCCCAAAACCUCGGCGAGUGUGAGCGACGUCGAUUACGGGGAUGCCGACGACUCGCGAUCGGUUUCGACGCACUCGAUGGCCCCAUCGAUUCUUAGCAAGCUCGAUGCAGAUGCCAUUUCCGUGAGAGACGCGGUCGAUGCCCGAGACGGCGGACCUCCCCUAAUGGAGGACGAUGUCAAGCUGGUCAACUACGUGUCUCCCGGAGGCACGGCCCAUGGAAAUGGUUACCUUGAGGCGGUCUGGAGCCGCUUGAUGGCAAUUGCGGACUGGGACAAGGAAAUGAAGAAGUACAUUGGUCUAGCCGCCCACUACAGUGCGCAGGGAAUCCUUGACGAGAUACUGGGUGUGGUGGAAAUCGCCGCCAUUGGUCACUUCAUGGGUGUCCCGCAAGCGAAUGCCUACAUUAUUGUGGGAACCGUGACCGGAUUCACAGGGACUAUCUCGACCGGAUUUUACGAGUGCACAGGUGUCUUGAUCCCGCAGGCACACGGUGCAAGAAACAACCUUAUGAUUGGUCGGUACAUGCAGCUAGGAAUCUUCUUCUACAUGGUUACCAUGCUUCCCGGAGCCAUUUUCUGGUGUUUUUUCACCGACAGGGCCGUGAUGUUUUACGGCUUUGAUGAAGCCACGGCCGAAAUGGGACGAAAGUACUUUUUGGCCACGCUGCCAGGAUACAUCGAGUACGGAAUCGAUGCCGUCUUGUUCGAGCUGUUAAAUACCGUUGGAUACGAAAAAUAUUGCACKUGGUUCACCGUGAUUUCGAGCCUUUUGCACUCGGGUAUUGUAGUUGGUAUGCUCUGGUGGGGCGUCGAUGACCUCUUUAUCCUGGGUGCAGUUGAAACUGUGAGCGGCAUYAUCUGCUUGAUUGUCAACUUGGCCAUUCUGGUAAACCGCGGGUGGUUGGAUCCUUACUGGGAGGGACUCUUCAAGACCAACGGCCUACGAGACUGGAGGGCURUGAAGAACGUCAUCAAUACGGCGUUGCCAUUGAGUGUUGCGUGGAUUCUGACCUACGGAGAGUGGGAGAUUAUGACUUUUUACUGCCGAUACAUGAGCGACACAGGAGCCGAGGUGGCGGCCUGGGGUCUCAUGGGAUAUCUAUGGAGCACAUUUGAAACGCUCACGGGUAAGUUAGGCUCAAGACAACUGCUGUUUGUGUUAUGGUAUUUGUUCUUAUGUCGCAAGGGAAGAUUUUGUUCUGAYGUUUUUCUCACAAUCGAUAAUGGGAUUCACAAUAUUGUCUUUAUAGAUGGAUUUGGAGAUGCCGCAGAAGUGCGUGUUGGUUUUAGAAUGGGAGCAGGGCAGGUGCGAUUGGCAAGGCUAUCUACGGACAAGGCACUGUACGUCUCGUUCAUUGUUGCCGUUUAUGCCACGGGUAUCCUGUUUGUCAUGGCCAAGUACAUUCCUGGUUGGAUGACCCCCGAUCCAACCCUUCAGAGAAUGAUCUUCGACAUUAUUCCUUUGAUUGGGUUUGGGCAAGUUCUGAUGGUAUGGGGUAUGGUUGCAUGGGCCAUUUUGGGAGCACAGGGACGAAUCCGCAUCGCGACGGCGCUUGAAUUCUUCAUCAGUUGGGGAAUUGGUGCACCCAUUGCCGCGAUCUUUGUCUUUUUGUUCAACUACAACAUCGAAGGUAUAAUCGGAGCYUUGAGUAUCUCCUACACAAUUAGCACAAAUGUCUACUUGUAUAUGCUUCACACAUCUGAUUGGGAAAAUCUAUCUGCUGUUGUCGUCGCUCGAAGUGCCGCCGAAGGUAAAACUUAUGACGAGUUUUACUGGGACGAACUUCCGGACAAUAUUCAAGAUGCAGCCGCCGAACUUGGCUACAACAAAUGGUAAGUAUCACAAAGGGUUUCGUACUGUCUCUAUCGCUUUUUUUUGUUGUAAUUAGCUGACCCUUUCGAAUCAUUCUCAUACGAUGUCUUCAACAAUAGGAUUUGGGAGAGUGAUGAUAUGGAACCAGUUUCCGACGACAAAGAUUGGGAUGAAUUGACCCCUGCCGAACGAAAGGCAGCUUCCUUGCUGGGUUACACAAGGAAGACAUGGGAYUGCGAAGAUAAUACCGAAGAUCGCGACGACUCGAGUAGUUCGUCGGAGUCAUCGGACGGUGAAUCUUGGAAAAAUCUUUCUAAAGAAGCACAGAGUGCAGCGAAGACCUUAGGUUACACGCAAGCAAUAUGGGACAACGAUGGAAGUCCACCAACUGAGGAAAAGGAUUGGGACGAAUUAUCACCGACAGAACAAGCCGCAGCGAAGACUCUUGGCUACAGUGAGAAGAAAUGGAAUGCGGAUGAUGACGAUGAAUCUGAUUUAUYAAGUGACACACCAAAACCCAGAAAACAAACGGGCAACGGAAACGUACUUGAGCAGGCGUUUGGAUCUAUUCGAAAUGCGUGCACAUUCGAUUCCAACUCAACAUGCUGAAAGAGCGCUUAACCUCUCUGGCGGUUCAGUCCUUCGUAUUAAUGCCCGUGCUCGUGUACUCUAGCAUAUCAUCCACCAACACACGKAGAAGAAAACCAGGUUGAUUGCUACAAUCAACCCUUUGUUCUAUGGCAUGCGGCGUCUUAUAGUUCAAACUCAGUAURGAGGAGAAGGAGUAAGCAUGCUAUAUUCAACCUUUUUGUUACGAAAUGUAAUUUAUGAUCAAAUGUAGAGACAAAAUUAAAAUUUCAUCUUUUUUUAAAAAGACUCGUGAUUCGAGUUAAGUUUACAUGCUGACAACGAUUUUAAUUGCUAGAUUUGAUUUGCUGCACUGGAACUCGACAGACCGGGCAUGUAUUCCGUAUCGUUAACCAAUGACGUGCACAUCCUUUGUGGAAACAAURUAAGCAGGGCAGCAACUGACAUCUGUCRACAACCAAUUUACCCCCGCGUCCAGUGCCAUGCUGAUCAUACUUUCCUUCGUUUCCCUUUCCUAUAUCUCCCAACGAACAAAAUCCCUGGAGGCAAAUCGCACAUUUACAGCGAUCGUUGAAGAAUGGUAAUAUGUCAUCCACUGCUCUCGUUAUAAGCUCAGCAGUAGGCUGCGAAGAAGCAAAGAAUGUUCUUUGUUGCCCAUUCAUUAUCCUCCUCCUCUAGUGUCGUCUCAGCGGCCUCCAAAUACGCCUAUGUAAGCUUUGG